CAAAGUUGACUGGGACUGCGCUGUCACGUCUUUGUUGCCUCCGUUGCUUCUCCAAUGAGCUGAGUAAAAGAGCGGCAUAUGUGGGGGGAAAAUCAAUUUCCCCAAAAGAAGAAACGGAUCACAACACUCGUUGAUUAGUUAAAGUACCCACAAGAUGGACAAUAAGCUGAACGGAUCCCUGCCUGUUGGCUCCUCGGAGUAUCUGCAACAGUGGAUUCAGUCUGCUCAACAGUUCCAAGCUCUCCAAGCCCAAUAUUCAGCCUAUAACCAUCCACCCCAUUACCCUGAGGCACAUACAGGGGGAGCAGCAGGAGAUACACCGCACAUUGUGCAGCCUCAGCCCAUGAUGGACCAGCAGGAGCCUACCAACCUAACAAAACCUCCGCCCAAAAAACGAGGCCGACCAGCUCAGCCCAAGGAACCCAAGCCACCAAAGGCUCCCAAAGUCCCGAAAGAGCCCAAGCCUCCAAAAGAGCCCAAGCCUCCUAAGGAACCUAAGGCUCCGAAGGUGCCCAAACCCCCAAAGGAACCCAAAGCGCCCAAAGGCAAACCGGGUCCAAAGCCCAAGAAGGGUGCCGAGGGCCAGGCGGCUGACGGCAAGCAGGAGAAAAUCGACGAAAGCUUCAAAAAGGUGAAGAGGAAAGUAGAUCGUUUCAAGGGCAUGUCGGAGGAGGAGGUGAUGAAGAAAACCCUGCCAGACCUGUUGGACUAUAAUCUUGACUAUGUCAUUAUUGGUAUCAAUCCUGGGCUGAUGGCUGCAUUUAUUGGACGAUGGUUUCCAGGUCCUGGAAAUCAUUUUUGGAAGUGUCUUUUCCUGUCGGGAUUCACCGAAGAGCAGCUCAACCACAUGCAUGACACCACUUUGCCUGGCAAGUACAAAAUGGGCUUCACCAACAUGGUUUCCAGGGCAACACCUGGCAGUAAAGACCUGUCAAGCAAAGAGCUGCGUGAAGGGGGCAAAAUUUUAGUGGAGAAACUAAUGAAGUACAAACCUCUCAUUGCUGUAUUUAAUGGAAAAUGCAUAUAUGAAAUGUUCUGUCGAGAGCUCUUUGGUAAAAAACCAAAGACACUGGAAUUUGGUUUGCAGCCUCACAAGAUCCCUGACUGUGAGGUGGCUCUGUACUUGAUGCCAUCCUCCAGCGCCCGUUGUGCUCAGUUCCCUCGCGCUCAGGACAAAGUGCACUUCUACAUAAAGCUCCGGGAACUGCGAGACCACCUGCGGGGCAUUCAAAGGCCCAGGGAAAUCGAGGAGAUCAAAUAUUCAUUCGACUUACAGUUGGCCAAGGAGGAUGCCAAGAGAGUGGCCAUCAAGGAAGAACAGUACGAUCCAGGUUAUGAGGAUGCAUACGGUGGAGCAUAUGGCCAGCCGCCAGCUGAGGGUCAGGUCAACGGUCAUUGCGUGUUCUCAUCGAAUCAGGAAAACCAUGCAGAAGACGGAGGGCAGGAGGCGAGCACGUCAAAGAAUUCCCAACUUCCCGACGAAGAGGAGACGACGCAAUCGUGUGCCAAUCAAAUUCCAGACAUGAGCGGAGGAGGAGGUGACGAAGGUGGAGGAGGUAGUCAAGCUGUAUGAGGACAAACUGUUACCAAUUUUUUCCCUUUCUUCCUUAGUGGAAUAUAAACUCCUAGGUAGACUAUGUAGACAUUUUGCAGAAUAUUUUUUCUGCAGUUGUUUUUAAUUUUCAUUUGUUGUAUGAUAAUCUCCAUGGCAGCCUUUGUAUAACCGUCAAAUUCAGGGACAAUGACUUUUUCCUUUGCCGUCUUUGGAGAAAAUGGGUUUUUAACUUGGCACUCCACACUAGCUGGGGGCAGCAUCAUACCAGAAUGUUGAGCAGGAAAAUGGAACGCAAAUGCUAAAUUUACUAGCAUUUUUUGUUUACAUUCCGACUCGCAGCAGCACCCUAUUAACAAAAGUAUUGGGACUCUCCUCUUGGUUCAGGACUUUCAGGUGUCUAAAUACUUUUGACCACAUGCACCCACAUUACAUUAGGCGGUGUGUACUAAUAUUUAUAUCCACACAAUAUUUGUGGGAAUCUCUUGAUUAAGAGAUGUCCCAAUACUAUAGUCCAGGGGUCCCCAAACUUUUUCUUGUGAGGGCCACAUAACUUUUACCUUCUCUAGUGAGGGGCCGGGGUCAGUUUGUAACAGAAAAGGUGUGACGAUUACGUGCCGAAAUGUAAAAAUUAGGGCUGUCAAACGAUUACAAUUUUAUUGCAGCUUAAAAAUUAAUUAAUCGUAAUUAAUCGCAAUUCAAACCAUCUCUAAAAUAUGCCAUAUUUUUCUGUAAAUUAUUGUUGGAAUCGAAAGAUAAAACUCAACAUGGAUAUAUACAUUCAACAUAUAGUACAUAAGUACUGUAUUUGUUUAUUAUAACAAUAAAUCAACAAGAUGGCAUUAACAUUAUUAACAUUCUGUUAAAGCCGUCCAUGGAUAGAAAAAGAUAAAUGUUCGUGCAAGUUAUAGAAAUUUUAUAUUAAAACCCCUCUUAAUGUUUUUGUCUUAAUAAAAUUUGUAAAAUUUUCAAUCAAAAAAUAAACUAGUAGCCCGUCAUUGUUGAUGUCAAUAAUUACACAAUGCUCAUGGGUGCUUAAAGAGCAUAUGACACGGGAAAAAAAGUCUUAAAUGGCAUUAUUAUGUGAAUUAGAAUCAUAUUUUGAGACGAUUCGACUAUAUACAACAAUUUAGCAAAGCACAGAUGACGAGAAAUUAGUCUUUUAAUCUGCCGGUUAGCCACGCCUACCAUUAUAGGGCUUUAGCGUCCCCAACAGGUAGAUGACGUCAGCGGUAGACUGGGCUCAUCGGUUUUACUUUUCAGCCCAUUGAGGGGGAAUUAUUCAGAACGAGGAAAACGCGACGAAGAGAGCCGCAAAAUGUCAUUGUUUCAGUCUCUCUACUCCAAUAUUUUUACAGGAUAUUCUUUUUAUCCAAGUAUUUUUCCCCAAUAGCUAUAUAAAUGGCUUGAGAAGGACCAGUCAGCCCGUCAAGGGGGAACUAUUCACAACGAGGAAAACGCGACGAAGAGAGCGGCAAAAUGUCAUUGUUUCUAUCUCUUCAAUAUUUUUACAGGAUAUUCUUUUUAUCCAAGUAUUUUCCCCAAUUGCUAAAUAAAUGGCAUGGUCAUGACAAAUAACAGUCUUGUGCUGAAUGGAAUAUGAAAUAAUAAAAAUGCAUUUAUUCAGGACGACAUGGCAAAAUUACUCCAUAAUGGUCAAAACUGUUGACUUCACCUUUACUGUCGCACCUCCCGAACGAUAUUUUAUGACACCUAAAUCGGACAUAUGUCAUUUCCCUUUCCAGGCUUCGGAGAAUGUAAACAAACCAGAAGGCGUGACAGCUAGCCGACAUGCUAACCCGAACCGAGUGAUGUUUCAAAGUCUUUGAAGCGGAAAAUCACACAUAACUAGCCUGGAUUAUUUGACAUGACGACCCGGUUGUCGAUUGUCUUUGCGGAUCGGCAAACCGCCCGGCGGAGAGCAACUUACAGUUCGUUCCCCGGAGGAGGGUGGCUGGAGUUGUUGUGCAGCUAACGUGCUGCUGCUAAUGAGCAUUAGGAGAGCUUUUUACAUGCCUAUCAAUGAUCAAACGUAAGUAGUCCUUUAUUUAAAGGAAGUUUGUAGUGUUUACUUUGUAAUCGCUGUAUUCGUAUUUGACAUAAUACAAAACAAGAUGUUUACUCACUUCCUCGUAAGUCCAAUGGUCCCACAGUAAAUAUCCACGGUGAAUGGGAACCUUUUGAAACUCCAAAAAGGCGCAUAUGCCUCUCCCUCAUACAGAAUGAUUUUUCUGCAGCCGUUUGGCUGGCGUGAUGCGAAAAAUAAACGUAUUAAUCCGCAAAAUCAGCUGAGUCCUUCGUCCUCAUACACAACAGUACACUGUAGCGUGAAGAGGACGUCUUCUACCGUACACGUCACAGCGCCCUCCUCCUCAAUGCAAGACCGAAGCCGGAAGUCACUUAUUUUCAUGGCGCGGGAUUCAAAAAACUAAAUAAAAAUAGCGAUCGCUUUCACACCCAUCCAAGCGGUCCAUAUCAUUCAGGGGCAUAAAAUACCGCGUGGUUUAUGAAAUAAACAUGAUUUUUCAUGUCACAGGCACUUUAAGCCCAUAAAAUCAGUCGCACCCAAGCGCCAGCAGAGGGCGACAAAACUCCAAAAAACACAAGUAACAGGUUGAAAUUGCAAUGUGCUGUCAUUUUAUUCUGUUUGAGCCGGGCGUGUGCGUUAAUUGCGUCAAAUAUUUUAACGAGAUUAAUUUAAAAAAUUAAUUACCGCCCGUUUACACGAUAAUUUUGACAGCCCUAGUAAAAAUGUAUUGUUUUUCAGAAAGCCACAAUCAAAUAACCCUUUCUGAAUUCUUCACGGAACAAAAGUAAAUAAAAUAAAAAUGAUAAUAUAAUAAUAAUAACACUAUUAAUUAAAUAGAUAAUAACCAAAUAAUCCUCUCUGGUUUCCUUACAGAAAAAAGCCAGGAAAUAAAUAACACUA